GCGCCACCUGCUUACAUAUGCUUUUCACUUCAUUUCCCGACCUGCACCUUGAAUAUUCCAUUGACGGACGAUGGCGCCGGUAGGAAGGCAGCCCAGUCAGGUAUCCAUUGGGAAAAAGCCUAUGGCGUAUCCUACGACUCAGCCGCAGGCGACACAAGCGCCAGCGAAGAGCGCACGCGCCGCAUCGAAAGCACCGAUUCCACCAAAUGCGUACAACAAUAACACGACGACGAACGCCCACCAUCACCCGUCGCCACCACCGCCAAAGCGACCGCCAGCAACGACGGCGCCGAGUACGAAAGCCAAUAAAAUCUGGAGCACGAGCAGCACGGAGGAGCGUGAGCGGAUCAAGGAUUUCUGGCUCGGUCUUGGCGAGGAAGAGCGCCGGAAUCUCGUCAAGAUUGAAAAAGAUACGGUACUGAGGAAGAUGAAGGAGCAACAGAAGCACAGCUGUAGCUGCGCUGUCUGUGGGAGGAAGAGAAACGCCAUCGAAGAAGAGUUGGAGGUGCUGUACGAUGCAUACUACGAGGAGCUCGAACAGUAUGCUCACCUCCAGCAGCGGUACGUCUCUUCGGGUGGCCCUCCGCCACCAGGACCAGGACCUUUUCCUGGUUCAGUCGAGCUCGACAAGCACGGCGCUGUCAUUAACCACAACCCGAAGAAGACAACAGCAAAGCGGCCUCAGCAGGUGCAGCAGCAGCAACGGAAAUCGGGUGUGGUGGCGCCACCGCCAACUCCCAAUCGUACGAAGCAGCGGCAUAAGCAUCCGAGCGAGUUCGAUGACGACGACGAAGAGGAAGAAGGAGAGGAGGAAGAGGAAGAAGAGGAAGAGGAAUACGAAGUCAUGGACGAGGAAGAAGGCGACGACGAGUACGAGGAAGACGAGGAGGAGGAAGAGGCACCCCCAGCCAAGGUAAAACCUCCGGCGCAGCCACAACCGCCACCAGCGAAACCCGCUCGAGAUGGUCUGUUCAGCCUUGGGAGCAGUCUGACCGUCACGGGCCCAGGGAAUAUCCUCACGGUUGCCGACGAUCUGCUCAAGAACGACGGACAGAAGUUUCUCGAGAUGAUGGAGCAGCUGGCUGAGCGGCGAAUGCAGCGAGAGGAAGAGGCUGCAGGCGACGUCGAGAGCGACAGUGAAGAUGAAGAUGAUGAAGAUGACGACGACGAAGACGGCGAGGGUGAUGAAGAUGAUGACGAGGACGAGGACGAUGAUGAGGAAGACGAUGAGGAAGAGGAGAUUCUCACCGAAGAGCAGAAGAUGGAAGAAGGCAAGCGCAUGUUCUCCAUCUUUGCGGCGCGAAUGUUCGAGCAGCGAGUGCUCCAGGCAUAUCGGGAAAAGGUAGCGCAGGAGAGACAACUGCAGCUACUCCGCGAACUCGAGGAUGAGGACAAGCUGACAAAGGAGAAAGAGAUGAAGAAGCAGCGGGAGAAGGAAAAGAAAAAGGACAAGAAGCGACAGCAGAAACAGGCCAAAGAGUCGGAAAAAGCGCAGAAAGCUGCUUCCAAGGCUGCGGAAGAAGCGGAAGCCAAGGCGAGACAGCUGCAAUUGGAGAAUGAACAGCGCAAAAGGCGAGAAGAGGAGCGGCUGAAGAGAGAGACUGCGAGAAAGGCGCUCGACGAGGAAAGGGCGAAGAAGGAGGAGGAAAGGAAGAAGAGGAUUGCUGAGGAGCGUGAGCGAGAUGAGAAGAGGAAGAAGGAAAAGGCUGAGAAGGAGAGACUAGAGCGUAAGGCUAGGGAAGAGAAAGAGAAAGCUGAGCGAGAAAAGGCUCGAAAAGAAAAGGAAGAGCGCGAGAAGGAAGAGCGACUUGAACGAGAGAAGAAGGCUGCGAAAGAGAAGGAAGAACGCGAAGCCAAGGAAAAGGAGCUCAAGGAAAAGGAAGUCAAGGAGAAAGAGCGUUUGGCGACAUUGGUGGCGCAGCAACAGCAACAGCAGCAGCAACAACAACAGCGCGUCAAGAAUGCACGCGCCAGUGCUCCACCUACGUCGCCAAGGAACCCAUCGUCCUCGUCCUCGUCUGGCAAUGGUCCAAGCCAGCCUCGAGGCGGUGUCAACGGUGUCUCUUCGAAGAAGAUCCUCAACAAACCGUCUCCCAGCACUAUGCCGGUCGCAUCCUCGUCUUCGAGCUCGUCGUCGAUGCCGCGAGCUCCUCGGCCAAUCCUUGCUCAACCCCUCCCUCCCGCGACGCCUCAAAUCCCACAGAUCCCGCCUUCUCAGACGCCCAUCUACAUCCCGCAGCAAGCAGCCAUGUCUCCUCGCGUUCCAGCGUUCGUGCCUCCCUUUGGUGGCUUCACCGCCCCACCACAGCCGCUCCAGCCGUCUCCGAUGCCGAGGAACUUUCCCCUUAGUGCUGGUCCUGCGUUCGAGACUCACAACCACACUCAUUACGCCCCGCCGCCUCCACGAGCGCCGCCUCAGCCGAUCGGGCCUCCACCCAAGAGCCGUCGCACGUCGACGUCUGUGGACCCAGGGCCAAUCACGCGUCCUGUGAUCGCGCCCAUUGCUCGUCCUGAAGGCGGCGGAAGUGGCUCUGGAUCUCCGAAUAGACGUUCUCCGAGUCCUAAGGGUGUCGUUCUGGGUUCGUCGGCUUUGGCUGCGGACGACGACGAGGUCGUUGGCGGAGGAAGCGGACGACGAGGGAGCGCUAAUCCGUCUUGGGGGACGAACGAGGCGCCGAGGACGCCUUGGGGUCCUCCGGUCCCGCCUGUGUCGAUUCAUCCAGCAUAUGUUCCUGGUAAUCGUAAUGCACCUCCUUUAAGCGCUGGCGGGCUCUGGGCUGCGCCUUCACAGGAGUGGCAUCCCGCUACAGCAUCGCCAGGUCAGGCAGGGUUCUUUGCGAGCGCGUAUAACGCGUCGCCGCCUCAUUAAGCCGUGGUUUUUUCAUUGCUUCAUCAACUCUAGCACAAUCAUUUACUUUUUUAACUCACGUAGCCAGAAGAAUACAUUAUCAAUAUCCAAA